AUGGGAACAGGACGCAUGUCAAACCUACCCAUUUCGUUCCCCGUCGCCAAUGAACGGUUUAUUGCCAGAGUAUUCGAGAUAUCGCAGUAUAUUUUCAUGAGAGAAUCUACUCACAAGGUUGCUGAAAACACUUCGACAGCCCACGACCGGUUUCACACAUCUUGGGGCUCACCAGGUAAGCGCAGUCCGCGAGCCUAG